AUGUCAUCGGCGCAAAUGGAUCCACACGACAAGAUGAGAUCGCGUGACAUAAGUAAAGUCGCGAGAGGCCAGCAAGCACCAAGACCAGCUCACACUCCCGGUACGGUGUCACCCCCACCGGAAAAUGAGGCAACGUUUCGAGCAAAGAGAGGAGAUAGUGGAAGAGAGACGGAUGCCGCGGUGGAAGAACGUUUUCCAGUGACUAAUGAAACGCGACAUUGUUUCAAUCGGUUCAUGCAAUACCAUAAGUGUAUUGAGAAAAAUGGAAGAGAUGCGAAUGAUUGCAACAACUUGAGAGAUUACGUACGUUCAAUUUGUCCCGAAGAAUUGGUGAGCAAAAUUUGGUUGAAAAGUGGGAGGAACAAAGAAAGUCAGGGACAUUACCAGCGUCAAUAUGAAGAUUAG